GCAAAACGUUAAUUGCUACUAGCAACUAGCUCCUUCUAGCUAGCAUGCAGCUAGAGGAGGGCCUGCGCAAACGCGAUGAACACGACGAGGGCAAGGACCGGCACUCGGCCACCCCCCGCAGCAGUAGCGGGUGGAGCUCGGCGUUCCAUGGCGCCACCAACUACGAGCACUGGGUGAAACUCAUCGCGCUGGGCUCACUUGGCGUCUGGAUGAUCUUUGUGCUCUUCUUCUGGCACACCGGCGUCGCCCCCGCACCAGUUGCGAAACAAACAGCGGCGAAAACCAAGAAUAUUAAUGCGGAACCCUCGAUUCUUGGUGGAUUCCCCGAAGAAACCAGCUUCAUUGUGUUCGGAGACUUCGGCACGGGUGACGAGAACCAGCGAAGAGUGGCUUUGGCGCUUGAGAACUUCACGGCAACGAUGGACCCUCCCCCGACGUUUGUAUUAUCGACUGGAGACCAGAUUUAUGAACAUGGAAUUGAAUCGGUAAACGAUCCGUUGUUGUCGACACGCUUUGAGAAGAUGUAUACGAGCCCUAAGCUGCAGAUACCGUGGUAUGUCGCGAUUGGAAACCACGACUGCGAAGGAUCGAUCGACGCAAUGCUUCAAUAUGCCGAAAAGAAGGACUCGCUGUGGUAUAUGCCACGCCGAUACUACUCGAUUGAUCGCCCUGUGGCACCAAAGACGAUUUUGCGUCUUGUCGUCAUUGAUGCCUGUGAUUUGGUCUGUGGUCGGGAGCCUCGUGACGUCCGUUGCACUGACAGGAUGAAUGAGCAGUCCUCAGUGAAGACCAGGCAGUCACAGUACGAGUGGAUCGAGCGAACGUUGAGUGCUGGCAAGCCGUCGGGUGUGGAGCAAAUGUGGACAAUUGUCAUGGGCCAUUGGGGCGUAUAUAGUUUCGCUGGUAACGCUGAUACGCCUGAGUUGAUUGACAUGCUGGACCCAAUGCUGAAGAAGUACAAGGUGCACGCAUACUUUAACGGCCACGACCACUCCAUGCAGCACGUCCGUAAGGUGGACAAUGACGGCUUGGUCCGCAACUACUUCGUAUCUGGUGCUGGUGGCUAUCGAAUCCACACGCUCCAGCCGAAAGCUCGCGCAAAUCCGGACUUGGUGCACGCGGCCUUGACACAUGGCUUCAUGUCCGUGCACAUGACACGGACACGCUUCCGUGUUCAACUUGUAGACGAUACUGGCGAAAUCCUCUAUACGACCGACGUGCGAUAUGAUUAAUAUGUACAUGCAAGACAACUGCCACCAGUUAAGUUAGAAAAACCAACGCUGAGAUAGAUAAAACUGAGUACGUGUUUCCAGAU